AAGAUUAAAAGUAGGGGGACAAGGGAGAGAAGGAAGAAAAGGACUGGUCAAAUAAAAGAUUAUCCAAACAAAAGGACAACGCGUUUUCUUGGUAUUAUUAAUUACAUAAUAUUUACAGUCAAACUUGAUUUUUAUUUGAACAAAACAACCAACAAACAACAUUGUUAUUUGUCAAAUCCAAAGUCCAACCUUUGACCCACCAACACCGCCCUCCUUCCUUCCCCUUCUCUCAAGAAACUAAUCAAGAAUCAAGAACUGAAACCCCCCAAAAAAAAUCCAAUCUUUUUUCAGAGUGUAUUUCAUAUUUUCAGGGCCGAUGAACCAUUCUUGAAUCUUUCAUUACAAUUCCAUGGCGAACAACCAUAGUGGCAGCGAAAAUGCACUAAUCACCACUCUCUGCAACUCAAUCCAAGCACUGGGUCGUGGCUUUGACGUCACCUCUGACAUCAGGCUUUUGUACUGUAAGGGUGUACCCGGUUCUCGUCUGGUUCAUAUUGAUGAACACCAAACCAGAAACCUUGAAAUCUCCGAAUCUUAUGUCAUCCCAAAUGUUUCUGUUGACAUCGAUUGUUCUGAAGAAUACAGUUCUGAUGAGAAGACCCCUGUUUUGGGCUUCCACGAGAUGGCGAAAUACUUCAAUGAGAAGUCAAAUUUACCUGGUCAGAUACCACUCGGAAGCUUUAAUGCUAUGUUCAAUUUCAGUGGCUCAUGGCAACUCGAUGCAGCAGCGACAAAAUCUCUUGCCGUGGUUGGAUACAUUGUCCCGUUAUUUAGUGCCAAAUUAGUCAAAUCCAAUUUAAUUUUGCGAGAUGAAAUAAAACGAGCAGUUCCAUAUUCUUGGGAUCCCGCAGCUCUAGCAAGCUUUAUCGAAAACUACGGAACCCAUAUUGUUACCUCUGCAACAAUUGGUGGAAAGGAUGUAGUCUACAUUAGACAGCACCAAUCAUCGCCUUUGUCCACGUCAGAUAUCGAGAACUACGUAAAAGACAUUGGAGACCAGAGAUUCUCGGAUUCAAAAGCUAAUACAAGUGCUGGCACCUUAAAAUACAAGGACAAGGAUGUUACUGUAAUUUUCAGAAGGAGAGGGGGAGACGACCUUGAACAGAGCUAUGCCAAGUGGUCAACGACUGUAGAAGGAGCGCCUGAUGUCAUCGAAAUGACAUUUAUGCCCCUUGUUUCUUUGCUCGAAGGAGUGACUGGGAUUAAACACUUGACUCGUGCUAUUGACUUAUACUUGGAGUACAAGCCGCCGAUCGAGGAUCUACAGUAUUUCCUAGAUUUCCAAAUUCCUCGAGCUUGGGCUCCAGAGCAAAACACCAUGCAAAGAAAAGAACCUGUCUGUUCGUCUCUUCAGUUCAGUUUAAUGGGUCCUAAGCUUUACAUAAGCCCAGAUCAGAUAACCGUUGGCCGAAAGCCAGUGACCGGACUCAAACUAAGCUUAGAAGGCAUCAAACAGAAUCGUCUGUCGAUCAACUUACAACACCUAGUUUCUCUUCCCAAGAUUCUUCAGCCGCAUUGGGACGCUCACAUGGCUAUAGGCGCGCCUAGGUGGCAAGGUCCCGAAGAACAGGACAGCCGAUGGUUCGAACCUAUUAAGUGGAAGAAUUUCUCCCAUGUGAGCACUGCACCGAUAGAAUAUACCGAUACAUGCAUUGGAGAUCUUUCCGGCGUUCACAUUGUGACCGGGGCCCAGUUGGGUGUUUGGGAUUUUGGUGCUAAAAGUGUGUUGCAUUUGAAACUACUGUUCUCGAAAGUACCGGGGUGCACCAUAAGGCGGUCUGUAUGGGAUCAUAGCCCCUCGAAUCUUUCUGCUCCACAAAAAAUUGAUGGUUCGUCUUCUUCUUCUUCGAGUGAGAAACUGGCGAAAAUAGUGGAUAUGACGGAAAUGUCGAAAGGGCCUCAAGAUAUGCCAGGUCACUGGUUGGUUACGGGAGCUAAGCUUGGAGUUGAUAAAGGAAGAAUCGUCUUACGUGUGAAGUACUCUUUGUUGAAUUACUGAGAGAAUUAUUUUUGUGUAGGAUAUUUUUUUUUUUUUUUCUUUUACUUGUAAUAACUCACAUUCACAGGUUGCCAUAUUUCUGCAUUUUGUCACUGGCGGAAUCUGUAAGUCGAUUUUUCUGUACAUUUGUUGAUAUAAUUUUUCAAUAACGUUUGGGUUUUUUUUCUCGAUAUUUUGUUAUUUAAUUGAAGUACUAUGUAAUAAAAAGAGAGGUUCAUUUAUUGAUUUUGGUUCCUUAA